AUGUCAGCACCUGUCAAUAUAGACAUACCAAAAUUAAUUUUGGAUAAUGGGGCUGGUUUGAUAAAAGGUGGGAUACUUCCAAGUUAUUCGCAAAUAGAAGGAUCAUUGUGUGAAGAAAUAGAACCUAAAUUUAUUUUACCUAAUUGUGUAGGUCAAAUAAGAAAAAAGAAUAUAUUUCAUAUAAGUGACAGCUGUCAGAGCAUAUGUGAAUAUUUUUGUCACCGUCCUCACGUGGAUGGUUUGUUGUUAGAUUUGGAGUUGGAAACGAAAAUAUGGGAGAAGAUUUUUUCAUGUAGGAACACUGUAGGAGGGAAAAUAAAUGAAAUGGGUUUGUGUGUUACUGAAUCAUAUUUAACACCUGCAUAUAUAAAACAAGGAGUGAUUGAAUUAUUAUUUGAAUAUUUUAAUAUGAAUCAAAUUGUAAUUGUUUCCUCUCAAACAAUGUUACCAUUUUCUUAUAUAGGUUUAAAUUUGGGACAGUAUGAUAUUUUGAAUCCCCCAAUAUAUCGUAGUCGAUCUUCCAUAACAAAAAAAGUUGAUCAAGUAAUAAAAAGACGACGAAGAAGUGAAAAUUGUGAUAUAGACAUGAAUAAAUUGGAUUCUUCAAAAAAUAACAUGAUGGAGAAUAAUUUGGUUACGGAUAGCGUUAUAAAUAUAAAGAAGUUAGGAUCUUUGGAUAAAACAAAUGAAGAAAAUGUGAACAGUGUGAACAAUUUUAUUGAUGAUAAUUCUUAUGAAAGUAAAAAGAUACGACUUUUACAGGAAAGUGUUGAUCAUAAUAAAUUUAAUGAAAAUAAGGGUGAUAUUAUUAAUAUACAAAAGGAUAAUUUGUUUGUUCCAGAUGAUGAUAAAAAUAUUGAAGGUGUUGAAAAAUAUGAAAAUGGUGGGCAUACUUUUGAAAAAAGACGUUAUAAUAAAAAGAACACAAAAGGUGACGUAAAUAUAUUUACAAAUAAACAUAUAUAUUUAAAAAAUAUUGAAUGCUAUAAUAAGUAUUCACACAAACUAUAUAUAGAUGAUAAAUAUCAGGGUGAUAAUUGGGAAGAUUUUUAUUUUAAUUCCUUCUUUAAUCUAAAUAAUUAUAAUAAUAACAACAACAUUUAUGAUGAUGAUGAUGAUAAUGAUAAUAAUAAUAAUAAUAAUAAUAAUUAUUUAUUUGAGGGUUUAAAGACCCAUGCAAAAAUCUACAAAUUUAAUAACAACAAUGUUGUGAGAACUUUAUAUGAUAAUAAUUAUUUAGGAAAGAAUUUUUCAAGACAAGAUCCAAAUUUUAUUAUCCCUGAAAAAGUGGAUUUAUAUAGAAAUUAUUAUGGUAAAAAUUUCCAGGAUAUUAAGAUGUUUAAAAAAAAUUAUAGGAAUAAGUAUAUAAAUAAUUUUUAUAAAAAUAUAAUAAAUGGAAAUUAUAAUUUAUCUUUAAGAAAUCCAUGUGCCUUAUAUAUAGAUGUUGGAUUUUCUCAUACGUAUGUCUUACCAUAUAUUGAAUACAAAUUAAUUGAAUAUGCUGUAUUAAGAACAAAGAUUUCUGGAUCUAUUUUAAAUUCUUAUCUAAAAAGUACCCUUUCUUAUAAACAUGUUAAUUUAGAACAUAACGAAUUGUUAGUAGAAAAUAUUAAAGAAAGAGCUUGUUAUGUCUCAUUAGAUUAUUUAAAGGAAUUAGAAAAAGAAAAGAUACGAUUAGAAAAUAUAAAGAAACAAAGGAUCAAGGACAAACUUGACAUGCGCGCUGAAAUAUUAAUGAAAGAAUUAGAAGAAGAAGCACAAGGGAAAGGGGAAAGAGAUAAACAGAAAAAAAACAAAAUGGACACAAACAUGGAAAACAAAAUGGACACAAAUAUGGAAAACAAAAUGGACACAAAUAUGGAAAACAAAAUGGACACAAAUAUGGAAAACAAAAUGGUCACAAAUGUGGAAAACAAAAUGGUCACAAAUAUAGAAAAGAAGAAGAUGAAAAAAAAAAAGAAAAAAAAAGAGAGUGAUUUAUUAACAAAUUCACUUGUUAAAGAAGACGAAUCAAACAGUACAAUAAAUGAUAUGAAGGUAAAUGAAAAGGAUAAUUCAGAUGUCACUGAAUACAAAGAAAAUUCAAGUAAUAGUUAUGACAAAAAGAUGAAUAACAUAUUAACAAAAAAGCAAAAUGAUAGUUGUAGUUCUAGUUUAAGUGUUAGUAAUAAAAGUGAUGAUGAUAUGUAUAUAAAAAAAAGAAAAAAUUGUAGUGUUGAAGAGGGGGGUGUAGAUAUUACAGAGGAUCAGAGUUAUAUGAGCGAUUUGAAGAGUAAUGUGAGUGUUGAUAAAAGUCGUAAAAGUAGUAGAAGUAAUAUAAAUGUAGAGAAAAGUUAUACAAAUGAUGAAGACAAUAAAAGUAAUUAUAAUAAUAAUAAUAAUAAUAGUGAUGAUAAUAAUAAUAAUAGUGAUGAUAAUAAUAAAUAUAGCGAUGAUAAUAAUAAAUAUAGCGAUGAUAGUAAUGAAUAUAGCGAUGAUAGUAAUAAUAAUAAUAAUAAAUAUAGUGAUGAUAGUAAUAAUAAUAAUAAUAAUAAUAAAUAUAGUAAUGAUAAGUAUGAUGGGAGAAAAAAUAAAAAAUUACAACCACAUUUAUCAUACCAAUAUAAAUUAAUUGAUUAUAAUAACGUAUCUAAACGUCAAAUAAAUAAAGUGUUCAAUACUUUGAAAAAUAAUUAUAACAAUAAUUGUAUUUAUAUAGAUUCUGAUUAUGAUUAUAAAGAAGAAUUUUCUAAUUUUCUAAUUGAUGAUAAAAAUGAUCAUAUGGAUAUAAAAGAUAUGAGUAUAAAAGUAGGAGAUUCUUCAAAAGGAAAAGAAGAUGUUAUUAAUUUAACAAAUGAGAGAAUAGGUAUUCCAGAAAUUUUAUUUAAUCCCCAAGAUAUAAAUUUAGAGCAUUGUAGUAUAGUUGAAUUAGUGUAUAGGUGUAUAUCAUUAUUACCUAAACAUAUACAAAAAUAUUUUGUUUCUCAAAUAUAUAUAUCAGGAGGAUCUACAAAGUUUAGAAAUUUUAAACACAGAUUAUAUAAAGAAUUACGACAAGUAUUUCCUUCGGAUUGGGAUAUAAAUAUAUAUUCACAUAAAAAUAGUUUAUAUAGUAAUUAUAUUGGAACAUAUGUAUGGUUGAGUGAUCCAAGUAUAUAUAACUAUAAUGUUAUAACAAGAGAGCAAUAUUUUAAUUUUGGUAAAGAGUCUAAAGUCUGGAAUAGGAAAAAAGACGCAUAA